UCUAUUUCUCAUAUUUUUGCAACCUAAACUUAAACCCUGAACCCAAAAAAAAGUGGCGUUGUUCUCACAUAACUUCUCUCUGCUUCUGUAAACACUUCAGCAAUGGCGGCGCUGCUUGGGCACAUUUUCAAGACCCAAAAGAACUCCAUUCUUCUUCGCAACAUCAUCACAACUUUCAAUACUAUCUCCUCCUCUUCGUUGCACCAAACACCUUUCAUUCUCCCAACUUUAUCUCAAGUGAGAUUGAUAGGAAAUGCAGCAGAAAGUGUUUGUGGAUUUGAUGAAAUGGUGAAAGGGAAUGAUAGGAAGUAUUACAUGCUUGGUGGGAAAGGAGGUGUUGGGAAAACAAUCUGUGCGGCUUCUCUUGCUGUCAAAUUUGCUAAUCAUGGACACCCCACUGUGGUGGUUUCAACUGAUCCUGCUCAUUCAUUGAGUGAUUCUUUUGCACUGGAUUUGACAGGGGGAAAUCUUGUUCCGAUUGAAGGAGUGAGUUCUCCGUUAUAUGCUCUUGAGAUAAACCCUGAUAAAUCGAUGGAUGAAUUCCGGACAGCUGGUCAAAAACUUGGUGGUGGGGGUGCUAAGAGUUUAAUGCAAAGCAUGGGACUUGGAGCAAUUGCUGACAAGUUAGGGGAACUUAAGCUUGAAGAGCUGUUGCACACUCCUCCACCUGGAACAGAUGAAAUCAUUGCAAUUACUAAGGUGAUGCAAUUUCUUGAGUCCGAAGAAUAUAGUAAGUUCAGUCGGAUAGUUUUUGAUACAGCACCAACGGCUCAUACACUUUGGCUACUGUCAUUGCCUGAAUUCUUGGAUGGAUCUCUAGGCAGACUUAUUAAGAUGAAGGCGAAAUUAGGCUCAGUCUUCAAUUCCUUGUUGGGAAAAGAACAACCUCAAAACAGUUCUUUAGACAAACUUGAAAAGCUUAAGGAGAGAGUGGCAAAAAUACAUGAUCUUUUCCAUAAUCCAGACACUACUGAAUUUAUAAUAGUGACAAUUCCUACGAUUAUGGCAAUUAGCGAAUCGUCCAGAUUACAUGCAUCCUUGAAGAAAGAAAGUGUGCCUGUUAAAAGACUAAUCAUUAAUCAGGUCUUACCUCCUACGUCAGACUGCAAGUUUUGUUCGAUGAAAAUAAAGGAUCAAAUGCGCGCAAUUGAGACUAUCCACAAUGAUUCAGAACUUGCUGGCUUGAGAUUAUGCCAGGCACCCUUGGUGGAUACGGAAAUAAGGGGCGUUCCAGCUCUCAAAUUCAUGGGAGAUAAGCUUUGGAGAUAAAACUUUCAUAGUAGAUAAUUCGCGAAGUUCAGGAACAUGGAUCACAUUAUAGAGACACUUAAAACAUUUUAAAGAAGUUUUACAACUACUCUUGCAUAUUUUCCAGGAGUGAAAUGGGGUACUAACAGUUUGUUACAUAAUAUAUUUUUAAUAGUUAGAUGUUAGUCUCUCUUUUCUUGUUUAAUGAAUUGUAGUAUCUGAUAAGGCAAUAAAUGUUUGUUACAACUA